GAAUUGUGGAUUACAGGGAGCUGAUGCAUCUUCUUCAUCUUCUUCUUCUUCUUCUUCAAUGAGAGGCUUAGGUAAGCUAGAAGAAGAGGGGAGAUUCAUCAUCAGCAGAUCAAUAGCAGAGCUCUGAAAAUGUCUACAAAGGUGAAGCCCAAUGCCCCUGAUUCUUCUUCAAAGGGAAAGGCUGUUGUGCCUGUCACCAAGAAGAAGACUGAGGGCUCAACCAAACCUACUGUUGAUUCAAAGCAAAAAUCUGUAUUAACUGUCACAAAAUCUGAGGUAAAAUCAAAAUCCGCAUCAAGUUCCUCAAAAACCACAACAAAGACCACAACAACUGUUAAAGUGAGAGAGAAGAAAGUGUACACUUUGCCUGGCCAGAAACAUGAUCCUCCUGAAGAGAGGGAACCGCUGAGGAUAUUCUAUGAAUCAUUAUCAAAACAGAUUCCAUCAAGUGAAAUGGCAGAAUUUUGGAUGAUGGAGCAUGGGUUGUUGUCCCCCGAGAAAGCCAAAAAGGCAUAUGAAAAGAAACAGAGGAGACAAAAGCAACUUCGAAUGGGAACUCCUGUUAAAUCUCCAAAACCACCCAGUAGACCUGAGAGUUCACAAAGGCCACAGCAGACAUCAAAGAAUGGCGACAUUAAAGCCAAGAAAAGAAUCACAAAUGACAGCGAUGAUGAUGAUGAUUUCAUUUUGAGUCCCAAGAAGAGGAAAGCCUAGGAUGGAAAAAUCCUCUCUUGCUGUUUGUAGCAUUGUAUUCCUAGAGGAUCACUCGAGUUAGAUUCCUUUGAAUUUGACUGGGAAAGGCCAGUGUUCUGAAACAACCAAACAAAUGAUAGAUAAUGACAUUCUUUAUAUUGUCUAAUUUAUGGAAACAAUAAGCAGAGACAAUUUUCGGCUUCU